AUGACGGGACCGAAGCUCGAGUUCGAGGGCCUUGCCAUUCCAUGGGUACCCACGGUCCGACCCGAAGAUACCACGAGCAUGAAUCCAUACAAGAAGCAGACUCAAAACACGAAGAAGCUUCCCGUGGGUUGGACAUUUGCGGAAGGCAGACGCGCUGUGCACGAAGAAAUCACAUUUGAUGAAGUGGUUGAAAUUCCGCUUAGGGACGGGGCCAAGAUCUACUGUGAUAUUUUCAGGCCCGUCACGGAUAAUCCAGUUCCCGCGAUAUUAGCCGUAAGCCCAUAUGGGAAAAAUGGACAUGGAUUCCGGAUCUUUGACAACAUUCCGUUCCGGCUCGGACUACCGGAGAGUGCAACAUCUGGUCUAGAGAAGUUCGAAGGGCCAGAUCCUGUAGAAUGGUGCCCUCGGGGGUAUGCAAUUGUCAACGUAGACAUACGAGGCACUUGGGAUAGUGAAGGCAAUCUCUAUAUCGAGGGAAGCCAGAUGGGAAUUGAUGGCUACGACACUGUUGAAUUCAUCGCAUCACAGCCAUGGUGCAAUGGUGCCAUCAGCAUGUGUGGAAAUUCGUGGCUGGCAACGGAGCAGUGGACGACUGCCAUCCAAAAGCCACCUUCACUCAAGUGCAUCGCACCUUGGGAAGGGUUCACGGACAUGUAUCGCGACUUGAUUUGUCGCGGCGGCGUCCCCAAAGGUAGCUUUACUUCGUUCAUCUUCAACAAAACGAUUCGUGGCCGAAAUCAACGGGAAGAUAUCAGCGGCGCGCUCGCCAAGUGGCCAUUUUUCAAUGCAUACUGGCAGGAUAAAGUCUAUGACACCAGCGAUCUAACGUUGCCCAUAUAUGCACUUGCAAGCUAUUCUUCGGGAAAUCAUGGUUCUGGUACCGUGAGAGGCUGGAAAAGAGCGGCCUCAAAGGACAAAUGGAUCCGCUUUCACCCAACUCAGGAGUGGUUUGACCUCUACACACCAAGAUACGUCGACGACCUGCAACGGUUCUUCGAUCGUUAUCUGAAGGGUAUUGACAAUGGAUGGGAGAAAACUCCUAAGGCCCGGGUUUCUAUUCUCACCUAUGGGAAUCGAUUUGAACCUGGCCCAAAAUGGGAUGUGCCAUUCGCCGACUAUCCGAUUCCAGACACUGAGUACCGUAAACUCUAUCUACAGGACACUGGAAAGCUGGCCACCUCACAGCAAGCCAACGAGGGCUCUGUAUCCCAUCAAUCAGAUAGCUACCAGGCAAAGCCGUCUGAGUUUGUGCUGACGUUCGACAAAGCGACCACUAUUGUUGGCCAUUCAAAAGCGGAACUUUGGAUGUCUUGUAGGGACAAAGAUGACUUUGAUGUUUAUGUGUCCAUCCGCAAGCUGAGCAAGAGCGGAGAGGUGUUGGAGCAUGUGAACGUUCCAUGGGAAAAACUUCCCGAAGGUGUCAACACCCAACACGAUGUUCCAAUGGCACAAACGAUCAAGUACACUGGACCUACCGGUAUCCUUCGUGCUUCGCAUCGUGCGCAGGUCCCAGAACGGAGCACCCCCAUGAUCCCGUACCACCCGCACGACAAAGAAGAAAAGGUUCCAAGAGGCGAAAUUGUUAAGCUGGGCAUCUCUCUUUGGCCUAUGGGUAUUCACUUCGAAGCCGGGGAAGGCCUGCUAUUCCGUGUCCAAGGUUUUGUUGAUACUAGCACCGAUUUUCCAAGUCAUAUCGAUACGAAACUCGAGAACCUGAACGAAGGUCAACAUACAAUUCAUUUCGGUGGAAAGUAUGACUCGGCGAUAAUUGUCCCUGUCGUUAACCUACCCACGCAAUAA